UCGCUUUCUCGUGGACGAGCACCCAGCUCGUCCUUUUCCAUCCGCGUGGCCGCGAGUUAGCGUGUGUCCACAAAGUAGGAUUCUAUCUCGGAGAAAAAAAUGCCGUCUAAGAAGGUUGUCGAAGUGGUCGAAGGCAUGGACGAGGAAAUUGACACCGACGCGGACCUUAAGCCGUCAAAGAUCAAAUCCAAGGACGGCAAGAAACUGAAAAAGAAGAAGAUAAAGGAGGAGGAAGAAGAGCCGGACUGUGAAAGUCCUGUACCAAAAAAGAAAAAGAAAAAAGACAAGCUGGCUGAGGACCAAGUCGUUGGCCAAAUAGAUGACGCCACAGACCCGAAUGGGCAAACUGAUAUUUCUGAACCACCAAUGAAGAAGAAAAAAAAGUGCACAGAAGCAGUCAAGGAGGAGAUAAAAAAGAAGCAAAAGAAAGCAGUCGUCGACUCUAAACUCAACGGACAUUCCAUGCCAGACACACCAGCUCCAACCCCCAACCAGACACCAUCUCAGUCAGACGAUUCCACCAGUGAGAGUGAAAAAGAAAGACCGGAGGAAACGCCGGAGGAGAAAGAAGGAGCCUUCUCCAAUUUCCGAAUCUCUGCAGGAACCAUUCAAAAACUUAAAGCUCGGGGAGUUUCUUACCUGUUUGACAUUCAGGUCCAGACAUUUGAUUCCGUAUAUGAUGGGCAUGAUGUACUCGCUCAAGCUCGCACAGGAACAGGAAAGACUUUUUCCUUUGCCAUCCCGCUGGUGGAGAAGCUCCAGACUGAUGUAUUGGAAAAGACAAGAGGCCGUCCUCCCAAGGUGUUGGUGUUGGCGCCCACCAGAGAGUUGGCUAUCCAGGUCGCGAAGGAUUUUAAAGACAUUGCCAAGAAACUGAACAUCUGCUGUUUUUAUGGAGGCAGCUCAUACAACCUACAGAUUGAUGCCAUCCGUAAUGGGAUUGAUAUCUUGGUUGGGACUCCUGGUCGUAUUAGAGAUAACAUUCAGAAUCAUAAACUUGACCUCACAAAACUGAAGCACGUAGUUCUGGAUGAGGUGGACCAAAUGCUGGACAUGGGAUUUGCAGAGCAAGUGGAAGAAAUUCUAGCCGCUUCCUACAAGAAAGGUGGCAACUCCAACCCUCAAACGCUACUGUUUUCGGCCACCUGCCCCCCGUGGGUCUAUGACGUGGCAAAGAAAUAUAUGAAGCCCGAUUGCAAGCGUGUUGACCUGAUUGGCAAGAAAACACAGAAAACUGCAACAACUGUGGAGCACCUGGCCAUAGCCUGCCACUGGUCACAGCGUGCGGCGGUGAUCGGAGACGUGAUCCAGGUAUACAGCGGCAGGCAGGGGCGAACCAUCAUCUUUUGUGAGACCAAGAAAGAGGCCAAUGAGCUUUCUAUGAAUGCAUCCAUCAAACAGAGUACCCAGUCCCUCCACGGUGACAUCCCUCAGGCACAGAGGGAAAUGACACUGAAAGGCUUCAGGAACGGAUCCUUUGAGGUUUUGGUGGCUACCAACGUGGCGGCUCGUGGUUUAGAUAUCCCUGAAGUUGACCUGGUUGUUCAGUGUUCUCCACCCAAGGAUGUGGAAUCGUACAUUCAUCGCUCAGGCAGAACUGGCAGAGCUGGAAGGACUGGAAUCUGCAUCUGCUUCUACCAGAGGAAAGAAGAGUAUCAGCUACGCUCCGUAGAAAACAGAGCUGGCAUCUCGUUCAAACGAGUCGGUGUUCCCACUGCCAAUGACAUCAUCAAGUCAUCGAGCAAGGAUGCUCUAAGGUUCCUAGACUCUGUUCCAGCCGUUGCCAUUGAUUACUUCAGAGAGUCCGCUGAGAAGCUAAUAGAGGAGAAAGGAGCGGUGGAUUCGCUGGCUGCUGCUUUGGCACACAUUUCUGGAGCGGCAAGUUUGGAGCAGCGGUCAUUACUCACCUCUGAUGCUGGUUACACCACCAUACAGUUGGUAUGUUCUCAGGAGAUGCAUAAUCUGGGUUAUGCUUGGAAAAGCAUCAAAGAGCAGCUUGGAGAGGAUAUUGAAAACCACAUCCAUAAAAUGACCUUCAUCAAAGGGAAAAUGGGAGUUUGCUUCGACGUUCCAGUUAACAAAGUCAAGGAGGUCCAGGAGGGCUGGAAAGACGGUCGGCGUUGGCAGCUGACAGUGGCCACAGAGCUCCCCGAACUGGAGGAGAGGCAACAAAGCAUCCGGGGUGACAGUGGAGGAGGAAGAUUCCGAGGUGGAUGGGGCCGGAGUUUUGGAGGAAGGGAUAGGCGCGGUGGGAAUGGGUUCCGUGGCGGUCAUGGCAGAAACAGAGGUGGACAGAAACGCAGUUUCAGCCAAGCAUUUUGAUCACUGAACUGUCACACUUUUGGACUAACGGGACUGGCUGUCUCGCCUUUGAGCUGGCAUUGGUGUUUUUUUUUGUUUUUUUUUUUUAAGCUCUUAAGGGCUACAUUUCGCGGAUAAAACUCCUCUUGAUACAAAGGUGUGAGUACAAAUGUAUUUAAAUUUUAUGUUCAACACAACACAAGUAGGUUAUUUCUUUUGAAAAUAUAUGGCAAGGCCUGUUUUCUGAGGCACUAUUUUCUCAUGGCCAACCUCCCAGCACCUGGCAUUGGACCAAUGGCAGUCAUUAGCUUCAAAUCAACUGACACACAUUGAGCGUUACUUUACAAAAUCAGUAUUUUCCUGAAAUCCAAACUAAAUGUUGAAGAAAGAAAGAAGGUGGGAAUAUACCUGUGAUGUGGGAGGUACAGUACCUACUUUGUGUUGUCAACCCAUAUAGUGGUGGAGUCUCUUGUGCUGCCUUAUAUCAGCGGAAACAUUCUCCCCAAAAUAGAGGGGACGGUUGCUCUGCAAUUUACUGCCCAUGUUUGACUGCUGCUCUUCAUUUCAGUGGUGUUCAUUAAAAAGGUCAACGAAAGUUGUUUUUCCAAUUA